UCCGGUAGGGGGGAGGGGCCGUGUAGUGACAGUCCACCGACCUCUCUGUCGGUAGUGUUCGGUAACGGGUUGUUCAGAGCGCCCUGCAGCUUGUCUAACGCUGUUCUCCACAACAGCCAAAUGAACCAAACGUCCCCGGCGGAGAACAACAGCUGAGCACUCUCGAGCACAGAAAUGGCAGACGAUGAAAUAGACUACAAUAUCGUGUUCCCAGAUGCGGGGACGUCGGAGAGACACUGGCAGGGGACAAAGGAGCCAGUGGUGAUCCUGCUGGGCUGGGCUGGCUGCAAAGACAAACACCUCUCCAAAUACAGCUCCAUCUACAACGAGCAGGGAUGUGUGACCAUCCGCUACACAGCCCCCUUGAAGACAGUCUUCAUCUCGGAGUCGUUUGGCUACAAGGAGCUGAGCAGUACGGCCCUGAAGCUGCUGGAGAUCCUCUAUGACUAUGAGGUGGAGAACAGCCCUAUUUUCUUUCACGUAUUCAGUAAUGGCGGCUUCAUGCUGUACCGUUACAUUGUAGAGUUGUUGCACAAUGAUAAACAGUUCAGCUCCCUGUGUGUAAUUGGGGCCGUAGUGGACAGUGCCCCAGGUAGUGGGAACGUUCGCGGGGCCCUGCGUGCACUGACCAGCACCCUCGGGCCCAAAAUAAGUCCCGUGUUAAGGUACAUCCUCUUAGCCCUUUUUGCAGUGACUGUCUUCCUGUUGCGAGUCGUGCUGUACCCCUUCACCAAGUACAUCCACAAGAACCAUUACGACGCAGUGCAGGACCGUCCGCCCGCCUGGCCUCAUUUCUACCUGUACUCCAGAGCUGACCAGGUGAUCAGGCACAGGGACAUCGAGUUCUUUGUGGGGGCCCUGAGGCAGAAAGGCGUCCCGGUGGACAGUUUUGAUUUUGUUUCCAGUCCCCAUGUUGGUCAUUUCCGGGAUUUUCCUGAGCAGUAUGCUCUUAAGAGCCGCGACUUUCUGGUUGCUUGCAUGGGGGACGCUGAAGGGACGGCGGUGAAGAAGAGGCAGAGGGUUCAGGAUCAAUGAGACUGGAAGAGAAACUCGCAGGUUUUCGCUAACCUUCUGUGAAGCAGUCUUUUCCGAAGUUUGAAGAGAAGUGAAGAAAUGUCAGACGACGUAAUUCUUCUCGGUGGUCUGAAAAUCGGUUAGAAAAUGAGGCUGAAGGUUUUUGCCAGACUGCUGGAAUUUGAGUUGAGCUCGUGCAAGAUGUUGGCAGUGUUUUUCUGCCCCAGUGCACAUAAUGGGAAGGUUCCACAGAUGUGGUCUAGGUGUACGCCACUUAACCCGUGUCUGCAUAACCAGCCAUAUGAAACACUGUAAUUCUCAUAUACCCCUAAAGUGUGAGGCACAAAGGCCUAACCCUGCCUCCUCAAAUGUUUUUGGAACAGUCCUAUACCUUAUGUAAAAAAUAACACCCCCCACUAUUGCUAUACACUGGAGCUUAAAUCUUUUAGGAUAAUUUAAAUGGUAUUUAAUAUUGCUGUGUAAUGUGAUGCAUUGUAGAUUAGUAGUAGUGAUUCUAAAACUGAGGCUGGGUAUUUGGAAAUAAUAAUCUGUAUCUUCUAUUUAUAAAAUGUACAAUGUAUUUAUGGUUUUAAACUCACACUGUUAUUAAAAUGAGAUCACAUGAGGGUGCUUACAAUGAAGGCAACUGUCUAAAAUGUAAACGAUUAAUCAAAUGUUUGUUUGUUUUUUAAAUAAAAAGGUCUAAACGUUUUUGCCUUAAACAGUAAAUGCCUUUUGAAUAUUUUCUUGGUCCAGAAAUUGUAGACCAGGCGACCCUAACAUGUGAUACACAAUUGAUUUAGUUCAAGGAAAAAGGUGAUUGACAAUGAAUGUAUAUGUCCAGCGCAACUAUUGUGUUCUUUCUAACUGAUGUGCCUUCAAUAAAUCAGAAUGCUCAUA